GUACUACGCAGCAGUGGAGGCCAAGAAGGAGCAGAGCAGCAAACACGCGCAGAGCUUCGGGGCGCGGCAGCCCACCAUGGGGGGCUCCAACCCGGGGCAGGAGCGAGGGGUCUGGCUGUCCCUCCUGGAGACCCUGCGGGAGCGGGAGCUGCUGCCUGCGGUGACGUUCACCUUCUCGCGGGGCCGCUGCGAGGACCAGGCGGCCGCCCUGGGCUCCCUCGACCUUCUGAGCGGGGCCGAGCGCGGCAGCGUCCGGCAGUUCCUGACGCGCUGCCUGGCCCGGCUGCGGGGCUCCGACCGCCGCCUGCCUCAGGUGUUGCAGCUGUCGGAGCUGCUGCAGCGUGGGAUCGGGGUGCACCACGGCGGGGUCCUGCCCCUGCUCAAGGAGGUCGUGGAGAUGCUCUUCAGCCAGGGCCUGGUCAAGGUGCUGUUUGCCACCGAGACCUUCGCCAUGGGGGUGAACAUGCCGGCGCGAACCGUCGUCUUCGAUUCCAUCCGCAAACACGACGGGAACAACUUCCGCGAUCUCCUGCCCGGUGCGGGGCCGGGGGGCGGCUGUGGGGUCACCGGGGCCGUGGGGCACCUGUGGGGCAGCAUUUGGGGUCUCGGUGACAUCUCUGUUGGGUUCCACCAGAGCGUUCCU